CUAUCUGAGAGGAACCAGAAGACCCUUUGCCGCUGUCGGUCGCGUGUGGUUGCAGAGCGACCGGGUUGUGAUUGUGUGUUGUGUCAUGGGUGGCAAAGUGGGUGAAAAGUCUCAGCUCGUACAGCGACGUCCUUCCAACACAUACGGUUCCAUCAAGGAAGAUCCAGAUGCUUCAAAGACGCCGUCAUCUUCGCCCGGCACUCACUUUACAAAGAGAGACUGCAUCAUCGUACUGGUGGUGGUAGCUAUUGCCGUCAUUGCAAUCAUUGUCACAUUGUCCCUUGGCCUGCCGGUCAUCAAUGAGAAACGGGCACAGUACUUCAACAUCACCUUCUCUGCAUCAUCAUCACCUCUCAGGACGUUCCAGAAAUCAGCCGUCAUUGCUGACGCAGAGCCCUGUGCUCCUAUUGGCAGCAAUAUUCUUCAAAUCGGAGGAUCAGCAGUGGAUGCAGCGAUUGCAAUGUUACUAUGUGACGGUGCAGCUAAUCCCCAGAGUAUGGGCAUCGGUGGUGGGCUCUUCAUGACUGUGUACAUUAAUGGGUCGGAUGCAGUGGAAGUUAUAGAUGGACGAGAGGCUGCACCACAGGAUGCCACAGCGGAUAUGUUUCUUGGCAACAGCUCACUGCUUCAUUCAGGGCCAUUGUCAGUUGCAGUCCCUGGGGAAUUGAAAGCAUACUGGACAGCUCAUCAGAAGUAUGGCAAACUGAAUUGGUCAUCGCUAAUAGACCCUACAGUUCACCUGUGCCGUAAUGGAUUUCCUGUUGGAUAUCAUUUGGCUGCCACUUUGAAGGAUUUGAGACAGGAAGUUCUCAAUGAACCCACUCUUCGGGAGCUGUUCUAUAAUAACAACACUCAAGACAUUUAUAAGGAAGGCGAAUACAUGAGACGCCCAGUCCUGGCUGAUACACUAGAAGAAAUUGCGAAGAAGGGAGCGGAUGAGUUCUACAGCGGGGAGAUAGGUCGAAAGUUCGUGGAAGACGUAAGACGUUUAGGCGGGCUGAUCACAGAAGAGGACUUGAAGGCGUACAAAGUCAAAGUGAAGGCAGCCACUAAGUCUACUGUUUCUGGAGGUCUGAAGCUGUACAGUGUACCACCUCCAGGAAGUGGAGCAGUACUUUCCAUGAUCCUUAACAUCAUGGAUGGCUACAACUACACCAGUGCCAGCGAGGACCUUAGCAUUGACGAUACAACACUGAUGUACCACAGAUUUGUAGAGGCUCUCAAAUUUUCUUUCGCAAAGCGCAGCUACCUCGGCGACGAGGACUUCGUCAAUGUUUCAAGUCAUGUUGCGGACAUGCUAUCCAGACAGUAUGCCGACUCUAUUCGCGAGCAGAAAAUAUCUGACAAGGAGACACAUGAACCUGAGUACUACGGUCCAGAUGGGUUCAACGCUGAAAACAAAGGAACAGCCCAAGUCUCAGUGCUGGCACCAAAUGGCGACGCUGUUUCUGCAACGAGCACCGUAAAUGCAUAUUUUGGUGCACUGUUGAGGUCCACAUCCACUGGUAUUAUUCUAAAUAAUGGCAUGGAUGACUUUUCUGUUGAAAAUGCUACGAAUCGGUUUGGCGUCCACUGGUCCCCGUCCAAUCUGAUUGCGCCGGGAAAGCGACCAAUGUCAUCUAUGUGUCCAGCGAUCUUACUUGAUGCAGACGGUAAAGUCAAAAUUGUGUACGGCGGUGCUGGUGGUACAAGGAUCACAUCAGCUGCGGCUCUUAUACUGUUCAGAAAUUUAUACUUGAAGGAGAACAUAAAGCAGGCGAUCGAUGGCCUUCGCUUGCACCACCAGCUCUUUCCCAAUGAAAUUUACUACGAGAAAGGCUUCCCUCGGGUGCUGCUAGACUCCCUACGAGAUAUUGGACACAGACUCAAGGAAGAAGUGGAACAUUCCUCUUUCCAGGGCAUCGUGCGGCUAGCAGACGGCACCGUAACAGCGAACAUGGACAACAGAAAACGAGGCAGCGUGGAAGGGGUUUAAAAUUGCCAAGUUCUAGCGGCAGCUAUUGAUUUCAUGCAUCAGAGGCAUGGAAUCGUGAAACAUUUUAGCAGCAUCCCCUGUAUAUUUUGUAUACCCAUACAUUACAGAGACUUAUUAAAUUAUUUGUAAGGUA